CGCGCUUGGACUUCCCUCUCCAUUCGCUGGCUGCCUCGCUCCCGGUCCCCACGGCUGCGAACUGAUCUAGCGCGGGGGGAGGAGGAAAGCGCAGGCGAGCGAGCGAGCGAGAGAGGGAGAGAGCGAGCGAGCCAGAGAGCAAAGCGAGAGCGAGAGAGCCGGGAGGCUGAGGGAGUAGUGACCGCCUUCCGGAGCCUGGAUUCAUGCCUGUCCUCGGGACCAGCGAAGGGGACUUUAAGGCUGAGUAUGAGCCAGGCUGCUAGGAGCCAGGUACCCCCACGCCUGCAGUCCCCGCGCCGUUCCCGGUAUGCGAGCUGGACGCCGGGUUCUCCCAAGUUCCCACCGAGCCGAAUAAAAAGCGUCCUCCCGCAGCUCUCCGCCAAAGACGGACAUUGACUCCAGGACUCCACAGAAUGGAGCAAGAAUGAGAGGAAAAAGGCCGGCAGAAAAGCAUGAACUGGAGGUUUGUUGAGCUCCUCUACUUCCUGUUUGUAUGGGGCCGUAUCUCAGUGCAGCCCUCCCACCAGGAACCAGCUGGGACAGACCAACAUGUCUCCAAGGAAUUUGAUUGGCUUAUUUCAGACAGGGGGCCUUUCCACCACUCCAGGAGCUACCUAUCCUUUGUGGAAAGACACCGUCAAGGAUUUACAACCAGAUAUAAAAUAUACAGGGAGUUUGCCCGUUGGAAGGUGAGGAACACAGCCAUCGAGAGGAGAGACCUGGUCCGCCACCCGGUGCCCCUCAUGCCAGAGUUUCAGAGGAGCAUCCGCCUGCUUGGCCGGAGACCUACCACGCAGCAGUUCAUCGACACCAUCAUCAAAAAGUACGGCACCCACCUUCUCAUCUCGGCCACCUUGGGAGGGGAGGAAGCCUUGACCAUGUACAUGGACAAAAGUCGCCUCGAUAGGAAGUCAGGGAAUGCCACCCAAAGUGUUGAAGCUCUGCACCAGCUUGCGUCAUCCUACUUUGUCGACCGUGAUGGCACCAUGAGGAGGCUCCAUGAGAUCCAGAUAUCAACUGGAGCAAUCAAGGUCACAGAGACACGCACCGGGCCUCUGGGCUGUAACAGCUAUGACAAUCUGGACUCUGUGAGUUCCGUCCUUCUGCAAAGCACGGAGAGCAAACUGCACCUUCAAGGUCUUCAGAUCAUCUUCCCUCAGUAUCUGCAAGAGAAGUUUGUCCAGUCGGCCUUGAGCUACAUCAUGUGCAAUGGUGAGGGGGAGUACGUGUGUCAGAACAGCCAGUGUAGAUGUCAGUGCGCGGAGGAGUUCCCACAAUGCAACUGCCCCAUCACCGACAUCCAGAUCAUGGAGUACACGCUGGCCAACAUGGCCAAGUCUUGGGCCGAAGCUUAUAAGGACCUGGAGAAUUCAGAUGAGUUUAAAUCCUUCAUGAAGCGUCUCCCCAGCAACCACUUCCUGACCAUCGGGAGCAUCCAUCAGCACUGGGGCAACGACUGGGACCUGCAGAACCGGUACAAGCUCCUGCAGAGCGCCACCGAGGCCCAGAGGCAGAAGAUCCAGCGCACAGCCCGUAAGCUCUUCGGUCUCAGCGUCCGCUGCCGUCACAAUCCCAACCACCAGCUGCCUCGGGAGAGGACAAUUCAGCAGUGGCUCGCGAGGGUCCAGUCGCUUCUCUACUGCAACGAGAACGGGUUUUGGGGAACCUUCCUAGAGAGCCAGAGGAGCUGCGUGUGCCAUGGCAGCACCACGCUGUGCCAGCGCCCCAUCCCCUGCAUCAUAGGAGGGAACAACAGCUGCGCCAUGUGCAGCCUGGCCAACAUCUCGCUCUGCGGCUCCUGCAACAAGGGCUACAAGCUCUACCGCGGCCGCUGCGAACCCCAGAACGUGGACUCGGAGCGGAGCGAGCAGUUCAUCAGCUUCGAGACCGACCUGGACUUCCAGGACCUGGAGCUGAAGUACCUGUUGCAGAAGAUGGACUCGCGCCUCUACGUCCACACCACCUUCAUCAGCAACGAGAUCCGCCUCGACACGUUCUUCGAUCCGCGGUGGCGCAAGCGCAUGUCCCUCACGCUCAAGAGCAACAAGAACCGCAUGGACUUCAUCCACAUGGUGAUCGGCAUGUCCAUGCGCAUCUGCCAGAUGCGCAACAGCAGCCUGGACCCCAUGUUCUUUGUCUAUGUCAACCCCUUCAGCGGGAGCCACUCCGAGGGCUGGAACAUGCCCUUCGGGGAAUUCGGCUACCCGCGCUGGGAGAAGAUUCGUCUCCAGAACAGCCAGUGCUACAACUGGACUCUCUUGCUGGGCAAUCGGUGGAAAACGUUUUUCGAGACGGUCCACAUCUACCUACGUAGUCGGACUCGGCUACCCACCCUCCUGCGAAACGAGACUGGCCAGGGCCCCGUGGACCUGUCCGACCCCUCCAAGAGGCAGUUCUACAUCAAGAUCUCGGAUGUGCAGGUGUUUGGGUACAGCCUGCGGUUCAACGCCGACCUCCUUCGCAGCGCCGUGCAGCAGGUCAACCAGUCCUACACGCAAGGUGGCCAGUUCUAUUCCUCUUCGUCUGUGAUGCUCCUCUUGUUGGAUAUUCGGGACCGAAUUAAUCGCCUGGCCCCUCCUGUGGCCCCAGGGAAGCCCCAGCUGGACUUGUUCUCCUGUAUGCUGAAGCACCGCCUGAAACUGACCAACAGCGAGAUCAUCAGGGUGAACCACGCCUUGGACCUCUACAACACCGAGAUCCUCAAACAGUCGGACCAGAUGACAGCCAAGCUCUGUUGACCUGAGACUCCUUGCCGUGGGCUUUCCCUUUUGUUGUACAAACGUAACAGAACAAAGCAAAGCAGAAUAAAACACAACACAAGUUUGUAAAAUGUAAUUAAUAUUCAAAGAAAAGGAAGAAGAGUCUUCAUUCGUUGGAAACGAAAACGUUCUAGCAACUGUAUAAAACCGUCGGGCAUGUUUGUUAUCUCUAUACUCUGUCAUGAAGAAGGGUCUCAGCCUUUGGAGGAGCUUGGAGGGGUUGCUUCUUAGGCCUCAGGUGCUGUAUGGUGGGGGGAGAAGGGGAGAGCAUAUGCAAUGAAUUGCCAAGAUCUCUGCUGUGCAGGUGCUAAGAUUAAAUGCUAAAAAGAAAGAGAGAUAUAUGUAAUGUACAACCGACACUGCCAUUUUUCCUUGUGGGAGGAAAUGGACAUAGAUAAAGAUAUUUCUUGGGUUAUGAUUUCUUCCCUUUCUAUGCCUAA